CGGAGCGCGCUUGCUCCCGUAGCAGCCGCGGGACGAUGGACGGCGGCGCUGCGGGGCUGCUGGCCGAGGGGCUGCCCGCGCUGGGCGCCCUGGUCGCGCUCGGGCUGCUGCUGCGGGCCGCCUGGGCGCUGGGCCAAGCGGUGUGGACCCACCUGCUGGCGGCGCGCGGGAGGGGCGCGGAGCUCGCCAGCUUCGGAGCCUGGGCGGUGGUGACUGGAGCUACAUCUGGGAUUGGAAGAGCCUAUGCCCACGAGCUCGCCAAGAGAGGCCUCAAUGUGGUGCUGAUCAGCCGCUCUCUGCAGAAACUGAAGCAGGUGGCAGCUGAGAUAGAAGAGCAGCAUGGCCAAAGCACCAGAGUUAUUGAAGCUGAUUUCACCCAGGGGUCAGAGAUCUAUGACUCAAUCCAAACCGCCCUGCAGGGCCUGGAGAUUGGCAUUCUAGUGAACAACGUUGGCAUGACCUAUGCAGCAGAGCCAGUGAAUUUCCUGGAUAUCCCCAACAUUGAGAAGACUCUGUCGGAUAUUGUGAAUUGCAACAUGCUCUCAGUGGCAAAGGGCAUUGCUGGCAGGCUGUGCGGCACGUCCUGUCUCAUGUCUCACCGACGUCUCUUGUUGCAGAUGACCAGGAUUGUCCUGCCCCAGAUGCUCAGCAGGAAGAAGGGGGUCGUCAUUAACUUGUCCUCUGAAGCGGGUCGUCACCCCCAUCCAGUGGCCACAGUGUACAGUGCUACGAAGAGAUUUGUAGAUUUCUUCUCGAGAGGCUUGGAGGCCGAAUACCACUCCCAGGGUAUCCUAGUGCAGAGUGUCCUGCCUCUCUUUGUUUCCACAAACAUGACCAACAACAUCAUAUCCAACCGCUAUAUAAAGACAGCAGAAGACUUCGCUCGUGAGGCCUUGAACACUGUGGGCAUCAGUAGCAGGACAUCUGGCUGCCUUUCCCACUCUGUGCAGAGCUUCAUUCAUGAGCUGCUGUGUCCUGAGUGGUUUCGUCUCUCCCCCCUUGGGCUUCAAUGCGCUCUGGCCCUGUGGAGGAAGUUGAAGACCCGGAUGCCCUCACUGAAACAAGAGUAGGCAAGAACUCACAGGCCCAAAUGAUGCAGCACUAACCACUGGAAGAAAUUACCAAGGGAAGUGGUGGAGUCUCCAUCUCUUGAAGUCUUUGAGUCUACUCUGGAUGUUUUUCUGGGAGAUGUUUUAGGCUCAAUACAGGGGUAAAAGAGUGAAAUUCUAUGGCCUGUGAUAUGGCAGAGUCAGGCUACAUGAUCUAAUGUUUCCUCCUGGCCUUAAAAUCUGUGAAUCUAUCAAUCUAAAGCAUGACUUUGUUGGGGACACUGGGGCAUGGCCACUAGGUAACUCGAGGGGAUGGAAGACCACGAGUGUCGAUGAAGCCCCCUCUCACUAGGUCCAAGUGUCCUCGCCCCCCCCACCCCCCCGCCUGGAGGCACUCGCAGCAGCUCUGCGUACUAGGCCCAAGUGUCCUUGGCCCCCCAGCCUGGAGGCACUCCCAGCAGUUAUGCUGAGGAUCUGCAACAAUAUGUUGCAGACUCAGACUGCCUGAAACUAAACAAGGCCAAACAGGGCAGAUAUGGAAGAACAAUGCUGAAUAAAGUAGCUUUAUGUAUAGUUUAACAAAUGAUACAAAAAACAAGGGAACUAGCUGGUAACGGGAUCGGCUGGCUAUAUGAUACUUAGGGCAGCUUGCUAUUGGAUAAGUGUGCUGAAGAAAGGAUGUAUAAAAGCCUGUGUAACUUCCUGCUCGGUGUGCAGGAUUUGAGAUUCUAUUCUCCCUGUACCUUGUUUGCAGCUGAAAAUAAACUUUUCUGCUUCUCCA